UCCUAAACGCGCUCAUUAAUCUUUUGGUGUGCUUUGAGCUGUGCUUUAGCUGUCUCCUUCUCUCUUCCUUAACUCUGGAGCAAAUACCUAGAAGAGCUCAACAUCUCUCCUCGUCCCCUUUCCUUUCAACUGCGAUCUCCUCUCGAUCUCUUCUCCUCACGAUCUGACAAUGAGAUGAAGAAGAGAAGCACAAGAUCGUCGGAGAAGUGUUGCUUCGUCUUCCUGCUCUUGAUCUAUUCUGCGGCGGCGGCGGAGGCUGAGAUUGGUGGGCAUGGCCUCAAGGACGCUGAGGUCGGACUCAUACGUCGGCGGCAGCUUCUGUACUACCUCGACCAGUACGGCGACCGCGGCGAGAGCGUGAGCGUCGACCCCUCCUUCCACUUCGACAACCCCCGCCUCCGCGACGCCUAUGUCGCGCUUCAGGCGUGGAAGCAGGCCAUCCUCUCCGAUCCCCAUAACUUCACCGGCAACUGGGUCGGGCCCGAGGUCUGCACCUACACCGGCGUUUUCUGCGCGCCGCUUCCCUGCAACACUUCUCUCAAUGUCGUCGCCGGCAUCGAUCUAAACCAUGCCGAUAUUGCCGGGUAUCUUCCCGAGGAGCUCGGCCUUCUUACGGAUCUCGCCCUGUUCCACAUCAACUCCAACCGCUUCUGCGGCACCGUCCCGCACAGGUUCCGCCAGCUGACUCGCCUCUUUGAGAUCGAUCUGAGCAACAACCGCUUCGCCGGUAAGUUCCCCAGGGUGCUCCUCGACCUCCCCGCGCUUAAGUUUCUCGACAUCAGAUUCAACGAGUUCGAGGGCGGCGUGCCCCGCGAGCUCUUCGACAAACCGCUCGAUGCCAUCUUCAUCAACCACAACAGGUUUGUGUUCGACAUUCCGGACAAUAUCGGCAAUUCGCCGGUGUCCGUCGUCGUUCUGGCGGGCAACAGGUUCGGAGGAUGUCUCCCAGCUAGCCUUGGCAAUAUGUCAAACACCUUGAACGAGAUCAUCCUGAUGGACAAUGGGCUCCGGUCCUGCCUCCCGCCCGAGAUUGGCCUGCUCAGGAAGCUGACGGUGUUCGACGUCAGCUUCAACCAGCUGUUGGGACCUCUGCCGCAGCAGAUCAGCGGAAUGAAUAGCCUCGAGCAGCUCGACGUCGCGCACAAUCUGCUGUCGGGAAGCAUCCCGAAGUCCAUCUGCGAGCUUCCACACCUGCAAAAUUUCACUUACUCGUACAAUUUCUUCACCGGUGAGCCACCAUCGUGCUUGAAGGUGCAGUCGUUCGAUGAUAGGAGGAAUUGUCUGCCGGCGAGGCCGUGGCAGCGGUCGGAGAAGCAGUGCAGAUCGUUCUUGUCGCACCCUGUGGAUUGUAGUACGUUCCGUUGUAAGCCAUUCGUGCCGGAGCUUCCUCCACCACCUCCUCCAUCCCCGCCUCCGCCAUCCCCGCCUCCGCCAUCUCCGCCGCCACCAUCUCCACCUCCACCGUCUCCACCGCCUCCUUCUCCUCCUCCGCCGUCUCCACCGCCUCCUUCCCCUCCGCCUCCAUCUCCACCCCCUCCGUCACCCCCGCCCCCGUCCCCCCCCCCCCCCCCCCCCCCCCCCCCCCCCCCCCCCCCCCCCCCCCCCCCACCCCCCCCACCGCCCCCCCCGCCCCCUUCCCCCCCCCCUCCACCUCCCAACUCUCCGCCUCCACCUCCCCUGCAUUACUACUCUCCUCCUCCCCCUUAUUUAUCUCCGCCGCUACUUCCACCUAACUCUCCUCCGCCACCCGAGUUACCUCCACUGCCGGUUUACCACUACGGAUCGCCGCCGCCUCCUCCAACACCUCAUUACGAAACCCCACUGCCACCAGUUGUUGGAGUCAACUACGCUUCACCCCCUCCCCCUCCCCUCUAUUAAUUCUUUCGGAAUCGUUCUCCUCCUCCUCCUCCUCCCCUUAGAAAUCUUUCAUUCAUUUGUGAUUCUGAUCGUGCUUGUUUUCCAUCAUGUGUUAAUUUAUCAGACUAUUUCUUUGCACAUUUUGAUGCUCAUCAAGCAAUCAUCCCUGAAAUUAGAGAGGAAAGUUGCAUGCUUUACUUGGAUUUCUACUACUUCGUGCAUGCAACUUCCAUCUUUGGGAACAGGCAAUGGAGGAGGGAUGCUGGGGAACAUCUCCACAGUAUAACUUGAAUUACAAAUAUAUGGGUUUGUGAAUAAAUGAUUGACAGCAAGAGAUGGAGUAGGUGCAGGGAAAAAUGUAAGUACAGAGAACAUGAUAUUCAAGAUAUGCAGAUCAAUUCGGUGUCUCUUCUUUUGUUAUACUUUGUUCUUUCCAUUUUAAUUCUUCUAUCAUGGAACACAUUGAUUCUAAACUCAUGCUUUGCUACUAUUAUCAAUGGUGUCUAUACAUUGUCAGUUUGUAAUGAGUGCUUGAGUUUGAAUAACAGAUAUACUAUGCGCUUACUCAUUAAA